UUUCUCUGCGAGGGAAACAUGCAAGCUUGCGUCGCAGUUUAAUUCUCAGCCUGUGUGUGGCUUUGCAUGCAACACCCGAAAUAAUUCUUGCAUAACCAGCAGUGACGUCCUGUGAGCCCUCUCUCGGCCCGGAAGUGUUGGCAGCCCUGACUGAGAAGAAACAUGUCUGCCGCUGUAGUAAACAACGUUGGCGUGAAGCCCGAAGAAAAACACCAAAAUGAGGAGGAAAAUGCAGAGGACGUGGAUGACAUAGUGGACGGGACGGCGCCCGAGGAGGCCCUGGUGGUGCAGGGUCAGUAAAUGUUCCAGACGGAGCGGAGGACCUAGCGGAGAAGCUUGAGGCCACAACCCUGAAAGAUGGCAAGCCUGAAGGAGAAGAAGGAAGUUCUGCUGCUGCAGGUGAAGGGGGCACUGAGGAAGCUGGUAUGGUAAAUGGAACAGCUGACGUGGCAGAUAAGAUGAAGAAAACAACCAUAACAGAAAAGCCUGAAGGGGAAGAGGAGGGAACCUCUUCU